AUCUUACAAGUACCGAGAAAAAUAUUAGAUGUAGAGGAACCAGACUCUUGUCAGAAGUCUUAAACAGGUUACCAAAGAACUUUCUGAGUUCAGACGAAGUGAGAGCUCUUGUUAUAUUCUACUGUGAUAGACUCAGUGAUCAUUACUCAGUGACGCCACAUACCCUACUUGGAAUGCUGGCUUUGAGUACAUAUGAUAAUUUACCAAAAGGUUGUGAGGUACAGUUAGUGCAAGCCAUUUACAAAGAAGUUCAUGUACAAAGUAUGAUUCAAGUUGACAGAAGAUCAGUUUAUGCAAUACUUUCAAAUCUGCUUGAUACAAGGAUCAAAGAUUUACAAAGUCUUGGAAGAGAUUUUGUGUUUGGUUACAUCCAGUGUAUGGAUGGUGAGAAAGAUCCAAGGAAUCUGACGAUGAUAUUCCGAUGUGUACCAAUUAUUAUUCACAACUUUCCCAUUGAUGUUUUCAUUGAAGAACUUUUUGAAGUUGUGUCAUGCUACUUUCCCAUUGAUUUCACUCCUCCGCCAAAUGAUCCCUACAAAGUCACACAAGAAGAGCUCGUCUUAGGUCUCAGAAAGUGUCUCGCCGCGACGCCAAAAUUUGCAGAGCAUUGUUUGCCGUUGUUGAUGGAGAAGUUAUCGUCUGAUGUGCAGCGUGCAAAGAUUGAUUCUUUUCUCACAUUAGCCGAGUGUUGUGAAGUGUAUGGUGAAGAUGAUCUCAUGGAGUUUUUACCCGCAAUGUGGUCAACAAUAAGACGAGAGGUGUUCCAAGCUUUUAGUCAUGAAGUAGAAAAAUCUGCUUUAACUUGCCUGUGUUCUAUUGUGAAAACACUGUCCAAUGCUGUCAGCAAUGCCAAUAAAGCCGCUGGUGGUUUGGAUGAAUUUUUAGACUUGGUCCUAAAAGAUUGUAGUAAACAUUUACGAGACCCUGGACUGCGACUGAUGUUACCAACUAGUAAGUUACUGCAGUCUGCUGCCAGUGCAUCAGAUCCAGCUUGUUAUAAAAUCAUUUCUGCAGUUGUACCGAUAUUACUGGAGCAGUUCCAUAAGUGCAAACAGGUGAAUGAAAGAGUCUCUCUGCUGCAUGCUGCAUUGGAUUUCAUCAAAGUCUGUAAAAGUUUCACCUUUGGAGAUGACACCCCAAGUCCAGUUAUUCCAUUCAAAGACUCCCUAGCUUCUCUGUUUUUAUCACUUCUCAGUGAUCACAGCUCUCAGCUACGAUGUAUUGGAAUUACUGGACUGGUUGGACUUAUGUCAUUGAAUGCAAUUAUGAAUAUUAAUGAGAAGAAGCUUGCAGCUAUGCAUUUCACAAAUAUAGUUCUGACAGAUCAAGAUAACAAAGUUUGUUCUGAAGCUGUGACAGCGCUGGCUUUUAUGUCCAUGGAGUUCUCAUUAUUAGUAAAAGAGGAAGUCCUACCACAACUGAUCAAAGAACUUGAUAGCAGAGCCACCGGUACAAGACAUCGUUUUAUAGUAAAUACAUUAGCUGGUAUAUCCAUGCAUUCAGAUAUAGUGUUAACAACAAUUCCAGUUAUGCUGCAACAUCUUGGCACACUCAGUGAAGAUAACACAGCUGAGUCCCUGGAAACUGCCGUCAAUACCAUACAGAGUAUAGACAUCGUAGUCAAUUCUAAUAUAUCAGAUGAACAAUGUCUAGACUUUUUCCAUUCUAAAUUAUUACCACAACUUUUAAGGAUAACCGUAGAUCAAGCAUUGCAAGUAAACAAUUAUAUAUUAUGUAAAGAGGAUGUUGUGAGUAGUAUUGCUACUGUAUGUCGCAAUAUUGCCAAGGUAUUGGAUGACAGGGUUGCUUCAAAUCUUGUAUCAAACACAAUAUCACUAUUUUUAGAUGGAAACCUUGAAAAUAUUGGUCUUAAACAAUCAUCACAACAUUUUCGGCCAUUGGAGAUUUCAUCACCAUGGCAACAUACACAGUUAGUGAGUCUGCUAACUUCUAUAAUUUGUUCAAUGAAGACUUUUGAGUUGAGUUCACAAUGUUUGGAAUUGAUGGAAAAACUACUGAAGCUGUCCUUGUCUAGUGAGCAUCACCUUACCUGUGUGUCCGCUGCUAAAUGCUACGCUGGACUCGUCAACAAACACAAACAAGGUACUGAUUUGGAUUCCUCACUCGAGACUGUAGUUGAAUCAACCUGUAGGAUGCUUCAAGAUGAGAUUUCAGACCAAAAUAUUUAUAACCGACAGAAGGCAUUAACACUCUGGUUAUGGGUGACUAAAGCACUGGUAUUAAGAGCACAUUUCAAAUCAACGCAAUUUACAACCAAGUUAAUUUCUUUAUUUGAAGACCAUCAACUUUCUCAGAUGGCAGCUGAUGGUUUUUACAUCAUUCUAAGUGAAAGUCAAGAUGUAUUGAAUAAAGAUAUGCAUUGUGAUAUUAAAUUAAUGUACAGACAGAGAUUAUUUAUGCAGACAUUGCCAAGAAUACUGGCAGGAUUUGAGAAAGCAAAUGAAGACAAGAAACAAUAUUACUUGAGUGCAUUGUCUCAUCUCCUGCAGUUUAUACCAAAACAAGUAUUGCUAAGUGAGUUACCUCCACUGAUGCCAAUGUUAGUACAGUCGCUGUACUGUCAAGAUGUUGGAUUAUACGUCUCUACGUCAGACACGUUGUCCAUGCUGAUACAGGAUGCACCCACUGUAAUAUCACUGUAUGUAGAUACCUUGCUGCCACAACUAUUGACAUUAAGUACAUAUCAACAAAGUAUGAAAGUGAGAAUAGCCGCUCUGAAAUGCAUUGGUUUGUUUGUCACUCUGCCUACCCAUGUGAUAUAUCCUCGACAAAAGGAAGUAGUCAGGAGAUUGGCAUCCGUUUUAGAUGACAGGAAAAGACUUGUCAGACAACAAGCAGUAACAGCAAGGGGACUGUGGUUUCUACUUGAAGCACCAAAGAAAUGA